UGGAUGAUUUUUCAUUUUAUUUAUGAUAUAAUUACAUUUAAAUCAGUUAUAACAAAAAAAAUAGAUAGAAAAAUCGUAGUGAUUACAGGAGGUGCAUCUGGACUUGGAUAUGAAUUAUCAUUAAUUUUAAGUCGUCUUGGUAUGAUCGUUAUUAUCAUAGAUAUAGCUGAAAAAAAAAUAUCGGAUUCCUUAUGUUACUAUUAUCAGUGUGAUGUUACUUGUGUAAAGGAUCUUGAGAAAAUUUUAUUGGAAAUUAAAAAACAUUUUGGGAUUCCUACAAUACUUGUUAAUAAUGCUGCUAUAAUUGAUGGUGAAUCAAUUGAAACAAUGUCGUUUGAAAAAUUUAGAAGAGUGAUUGAUGUUAAUUUUAUAUCGCAUUUUAAUACUGUUAAGUUAUUCUUACCUGGAAUGAAGCAAAAAAAUGAAGGGCAUAUUGUUACGAUAGCAUCUUCGCUUGCAUUUAUUGGUGUGACUAAUCUUUCUGCUUACUGUGCUUCUAAAACAGCAUUAGUUUCUUUUCAUGAAUCUCUAAAACAUGAGCUUUUAUACUCAAAUUCUAAUAUUCGAACAACACUUGUUGUAACAGGACAAUUGAACACAUCAUUGUUUCAAAAUGUUAAAACGCCUUCUCGAUUUUUGGCACCAGUUCUUGAUCCUGUAUAUGUUGCAGAAAAAAUAGCCAAAACUAUAAUAAAUGACAAAAGUAUGGAAAUAUAUACACCAUUAUACUGUUUAAUACUUCCCAUGCUAAGAUGUAUACCUAUAAGAUUUCAAAUAAUCUUUAGAUAUUUUAGUGGUAUAGAUAAAGCUACACAUGUAUUUAUAAAACACUAA